GGUAUUUAAGGCCUGGCGCGGCGCGCGGGGGAUCAUGUGUCCGUCCAGCGGGCACGAAGGAGGGUGGUGGGUAAGGUUGAAGCGGGUGUUCCGGGCCUGGCGGAGUCAGGAGGUGCGGCCGGUGUUUCUGCUCGUACCCGCGGGCCUGCUUCUCCUCCUAGUACUCUACUUCUACCCUGUGCUCAGCGCUCUAGGGUUGUGUGCGGCCGGCGCCUGGCUUUACUAUAGUUCCUCGGGGACAGCCGUGUGGAGGCAGCUGACGGGCGGAGCAGCCCCGGGGAGGCGGCAGAGGCCUGUGGGAUAUAGAAGGCAGAGGGAGCCGGUCCUGAAGUGGACUCCUGCUUCCUUGCUGUUACUCAUGGGUAGCUAUCUGGGCAAGCAGGACCCUCCGGCCCGGGCAAUGGGCAGAGGAAGCAGGGAGCUGAAGGAAAGGUUAUCCAGACCUAACCCUGCUGUGCCAACCCCUGCCAGGCGUCUGUCUUUCAGAGAGACACCUGCACUAUCCAGUCGGGCAUUUCUGAGCCCACGUAGACGUUACCCAAUCCAUCAACCGCAGUACAGCAUGCCUGGUUCUCUUCCUACUGUGUAUUUUGAUGGAUACCAGAAAAAAUGCUUGCUUUCACCAAAGUCUUCUCUGGUACGCAGUCCUGUUACUGUGAAAAUUGCACGGCCAGACCCAAAAAUCGCUCGUUCACCUGUCCUGGAUAACCUGCUGUCUCCAGGACCAGCAUCUCCACUGGCUCAGUGUGCACCAGAUCCAUGUGCAAAAGAAACUGUACUCAAUGCCAUCAGAGAAAGCAGGAAACGGAUGAACAAAGAUGAGCACAGUACAACUGGAGGAUUGGAAAACAAGAGGAGGAGGCAAGGCAGCAGUGGAAGUCGAGACUCCUCAUUUGAGUAUACUUUACCAAAUGGAACUUUGCCUUCUUGUGUCUCAAAGCUCGACGGCUUAAAAAGAGGUCUCAAUUCACACAUUCUGGAAGACACCGUCAACAAAAGGUCGCGGACCUCCUCGAUCAGUUCGUUGAAUAGUUCCGCAAUUAAUGGAAUUGCAAUGUCUUCUCACAAUGCAAUCAGCAGCUCCUACAGUUCUAGCAAAGUCAUCCUGCAGAAAAGAAAGCGAACACAAAAUGUAUCUGCAGUUUCAAGUUCACCCUCAUCCAGGAGCCAGACGCCAGAUCUUUCAGCCAAAAAAGCAAGAGAUGAAUCGCAUGAAAAUAGUCCAUUGUCUGCUCUGCAACAAAACAAAGACCAGACUGGAAGACUUUGUGACACUCCUCCCAACUCUUCUGUAAACUCCUCCAGUGAAAACGGGAGUGGUGGAAACCGAAGGAAAAAAGUGUUGCUGGUCUACUCCGGACGUAGUGAUCAGUACCCACUGCCUCCUCCACCUCUGGUUGGAUACAGUGUCACAUCAAAAGACUUUGACUCUGAAAAGAAGGCUUCUCUACAAAGGUUGAACAAGGCACUGGAAGAUGCAUCUGGAUCAAUUGCACUCAGCGCUGCACCCUCAACCGUUUUACUCAGCUCUGCAUCCUCCACAACAGCAACUACUACCUUAACAUCUUCUUUGUUCAACCUGCCUACUACUACAGCUGCAGCACUGACUUUACCAACCUCCUCUGCUAGCAGUAACCCUCUUCUUCUCAGCCUAGCUAAAAUGCAAAAUGACGAGAAACAAGCACCAGCACAGACUGUGCAUAAAGGCGCUUUAAAUGAAAAAAUAGCAACGUUGACUUCUUCCGAGCUUGCAGUCAGUGUUGGCAAUCCUCUCACAGCACCUUCCCUUUCUGCUCCAGUGGUUACAGAAAGUUCUAACCGUGUACCACUCCCUCAAACGAAUGCUGCACAGCCCAAAUUGGAGACCCCAAAAUCUACUGUCCUCCAGCUUCUUACUAAACCAUUGGAAAACAAUUUGCAGACUGGAUUUCAGCCAGUUUUCCCAACAAGUGUGACAACUCCCCUUGCUGUUUCCUCCACUGGGCCAUCUACAACUUCAAAUUCAGUUUCUUCAGCAAAUACAUUCAAACCAAUAUUUGGCGAUCAGAAUACUCAGCCAGCCUCCACUGUAAGCACAUUCAAACCAAUAUUUGGAGAUUCUACAGCUCAGCCAUCCGCUUCUCCUUCAUCUUUCACAUUCCAGAUGAAUUCGACAUCCUCUGCUGCCAGCUCUCUGUUCUCUGCAUUUGGUGCCAAAAGCACCAAUACAACGCUCGGUACAGAAAGUGCUACUAGGCCUUCUCUGGCUCCCCUCACCUCCAACAACUGCAGCACUACUAACACCUUUACUGCAUCUUUGUUCUCAGCAGCAACUUCUGCUGGUGGAUCAAACCCUGCUCCAGUAAACUCAUUUCAGGCAAGUAAUGCACCAUCAGAUUCCCAAGCCAAACAAUUUGUUUUUGGGCAGACUCCUACCUCGCAAGCUACUUCUGGCUUAAACAUGUUUGGCAGUACCCAGUCUGCACCUACAGCAGCGCCUCAGCCCCAACAGCCAUCUGUGUUUGGAUCGAACACCUCUGCAUUUACAGCUACAAUUAGUUCAAACGCUCCUGCAUUCCCGACUAACUCUGGCACAUGUGCAUUUAACAGCACCUCAGGGAGUGGUGUUCAAGCAGAAAACCUUGCACAAAAUUCUGUUAAUUUUGGGUCAUCUGGAACUCAACCUACCUUUGGAACAACGGGCACCCAGCCAGCUUUUGGAAGCGCCUCCCAGCCAACAUUUGGUGCCAACUCUCAACCAGCAUUUGGUGGGAAUACUACUUUUGCAUUUGGAAAUUCUACGCCUGCUGCCUCUAAAGUAACAUUUGGCAAUAUGAACAGUACCCAGACCAACAGCACCCCUGCUACAAACCUUUUUGGGGCAAAACCUUUUGCUUUUGGGGACAACGCUAACUCUGCUUCAACCUUUGGUACACCAAAUGCCACGCCUGCUCUGACAUUUGGGAACCCUUUGGCUCAGAAUAACAGUGCUAUCACAAAUCCAAGCACACCCUUGAACUUUGGGACGCCGGGACCAGCCGAAAACAAGCUUGCUUUUGGCUCUCAGUUCGGCCAGAACUCUCCUGCUGGAUCCCUUCAAUUCGCUACUUCAACUCCAUCAUUUGCCUCCCCUGGUACUUUUGGUCAAGGUGUUCCAAGUCAAGGUACUCCAGGAAGCUUUUCAAUUGGCUUAAUAUCCAAACCUGCAGGAUCACGGCAGAGGGUAAUGGCACGACGUCAGCACCCUCGAAAGAAGUGAAUGCUUUGUUUAUAACCGUUGUGUGCUCCUUGAAGACUGGUGUUUUUGUUUUUUCUUACUUGUGGUGUGUUUUUUUUUUUUUUAAAGGAAUCUGAUUGGAUAAGACACCCUUAGGUGCCAAUAAGUUGUGAAAAUCCAAUAUAAACAGGUCACAUCUGCAACAUUCAGAGAGGAUUGAUUAUUGCAGUGACAGUGUUGAUCCUUUUGCUGGGUUAAAACAGCCACACUUGUGACAUGCAAAAAUGCAGAUUACACUGCCAAACUGUAUUGGCUACUGUUUUGUGUAUGUUAACAUUAACACUCACCUCUGCGAUGCACUUUUCAAUCCAGAAUGCACAAGCAUUGUAAACUCUUCAAAAAUUGUAUUUUUCAUCAGUUCUUGAGGAUUCUGUUCACUAUUAAGUCUGUUCAUUUACAGUGCCUUUUUUUUUUUGGCCAGAACUCUCCUGCUGGACCCCUUCUUUUUGAAAUUCACCACCCCCCCACCCCCCCCCCUCUUUCUGCCUCUUAUCUUGCUAACAUAUUGAAGGUGUUUGCCACCUAAUGAGCAGCGUGAAUAUUUUCAGCGGGGCUAAAGCCCAGAACUGCUGAAAUAUGCCUGAACUGUUCACAAUGAAUGUUUCCUGCCCUUGUUUCCAAAAUACUGACUUGAUGUCUGUACUAGAUUUGCCCAAUGCACUGUACUCUUCCCAUAGUUCAAGUAGACUGUAAAGAUUAUCAUCUGAUCCUGUCCUGGAUACAGACUGCUUGGUGGCAAUGGCUUACAAGCCAUGCUGGAAGCUGUUGAUGAUUUAGAUGCCAUGUAUAUAUUUUAUACUUCUAAACUUUAGGAUGCUAAGUGUUAGGACUGUCGCUCUGUACAGUUCUCCCCCCUUCAGUGCAGACUGUAAAGUUAUUAACAAGACGGCAAGAUCUUAAAUUAUGGCUGUCUGUAUUUGUCAGUUAUUUAUCUGUGUUGUGAAAAAUCGUACUUGUAAGCUACCUCUAAGGGGAAGAUUGGGAGUGUUAAGCAUGUUCGAAUGAGAUUGUGUGGUAAGUGAUGUAGUAUGUGUGGUCUACCAAUGUGACCAUUUUUAGAGCGAUCUUUUCGUGAAUGAAUGAACCUGCCAAGCUUCUAGGGCUUUGUUUCAAUCAAGCCAGGACCUUUUUUAUUUUUUUUCCUUUGGAAAUUAAGCAGCUAAAACACAAUGCAUAUGUAUGUGCAACUCUGUAUCUGAUUUUUGCAGCAUCAGAUUGCCUUCCCACCUCCAGCUUGUUUGUUGGGUUGACUGAGAAUCGGCAUGCAGGGAAAAUCUCCGGUGUGCUUUCUAAGUGAUGGUGCUGUACUGCUCUGCUGUAAUAUAAAUAUUUUUUUUUUUUUUUUGCACUUCAAAGUGCAAUCACAUCCCUGACACUGACAUCUGUGAGACAUAAGGCUACAUUUUUUGUCGGCUUUGUAAAUGGUAUUCUCUUUAGUUUAUGCUUGCACUGGGUUCUGUAUUGACCAUUAUACCUGGCUUGUUGCCAUGAGAGAACUAGACCAUUUCUUAAUCUAUAUAAAAAUUGGUGUCUAUGGUUCCUCUGUGUCAAAGCAAAAUGAGCUUAUUUGGGUACACAGGCUAAUUGGGUCUUAGCCAGCAAAACCAAAUAUAUUUACCAUAUUUCUUUAUUGUCUUGGCUUACAAGAUAUACUGUAAUUUUAAAAAUGGGAGGUAAAAUGGUUUGAUUUUUCUCAGAGAAGCAGUUGGAUCCAUACAUCCCUGGCUGCCCCCUAACUGCCUUAUGAGGUACAGCAGUAUUGGGAAAUUUGAGGAGGUAUUCUGCAGUCAGGGUUGGAUAAACGGCUUGCAGCCAGGUAAGCAUAGAGGUCCGAUCUCUUACCACAUGGCUUUCUUUUAAACAUGGAAGGUAAUGCUAAUGUUCUCUUACAAACCAUAAAACAGUGGUUUGAGCAGAAACCUCCCUACGACUAAGCAUAUACAGCUUUAACCCUUGUCUGGUGUAUAUGUAGAACACUUUAAAAUACUCAAAUGUCUAUUUUGUAUACAUCAGUUCUAAGCCCUAUAUAGCAAGGCAGUAGUCCUCAUCUCUGCUGUAGAUUGAUUCUGUAUGGCUUUGUGUAUGUUUGGCAAAUGUGUGUAUAUAUUGGAAGUUUGCAGUUUGCCUGUAUUAGGUUUGGGAGGAUUUUUAGAAUAUUUUUUUUUAUGAUUGUCCUAUGUCUUAAAACUCAUUUUAAAUAAAACAAAAUUGCUUGUA